AUGUGGUUCUUUGGAUUCUCCACCAACACUCCAAGAAACUAUUGGAUCAUUGGUGCAAUAAUAUUGGUUAUCAUAUUCACAAUCAUCCUAAGGAAGGUGGCUGAGUCUCGAGAAGACGAUAAUAAGUCUUCAAAUAAAACAGCUCAAAUCGAAUCUGAUCAGAAGUCGUCCAAGGAAGUGACAAAGUCUACUUGUAAUCACUGCUAUUCUGGUGUCAUAAGGACCUAUGCACUCGAAGAGUUGAAGAUGGCGACGGGGGAUUUUAGAAUUACAAUAGGUGUUGGAGCCACCUCGUAUGUGUAUCUGGCUGAGCUCGGUGACGGAAGGUUCGGCGCCGUGAAGCGGGUCAUGGAGGAGAGAGGUGGCAGCAAGAAGAUUUUUCUGGAUGAAGUUUCUGUUUUGCUCAGGAUCUCACACCCAAAUUUGGUAGGGUUGAUGGGUUUCUGCUUAGACAAAGGAGAACAACUUUUACUACUAGAAUACGUGCCAAACAAGAGCCUCUUCGAUCGGAUGCACACACACUAUGGCCAAUCAUCUGGCAUACUUUCAUGGUCAAGCCGCCUGAGCAUCGCCCUCGACAUUGCCCAUGCUCUCGACUACCUCCAUGCCGUGGCUGACCCUCCGGUCAUUCACAGAGACAUCAAAUCAUCCAACAUCCUGCUAAUCAACAAUAAUCACGCCAAGCUUGCAGACUUUGGGCUCUGCAAGUUGGGCCACGACACCCAAACAGCCCAAACACCAACCACUGUAAAAGGCUCACUGGGCUAUAUUGACACCAAUUACCUUAACACGGGGCUUGUGUCACCUAAAAGCGAUGUUUACAGCUUUGGAGUGUUAUUACUUGAGCUCAUCACUGGGAUGAAAUCUGUGCAAGGCUCCACGACGCUAGCAGAAUGGACUGAGGACUGCCGGAAAAAUGAGAAUGUGGAGGUUCUACUGGGAUUAUUGGAUCCAAAACUCGAUGGGGAUGUGAAUGUUGAGCAGUUACGGAUGUUGAUUCAUGUCGCCAACUGGGCAUUGAUUGAAAACUCUGAAGCAAGACCGGAGAUGAGCCAGAUUGCGUGUAGGAUUACAAAAUGUAUUGAAGAACCUCAACUUCAACCGGAAUUACCUGUAUAA